CAAUAUCAAUUCGUCACCGAGCUGAUUUAUUUUUCUCACGGGGGCGAGGACGCCGCGGUCUGUAGGGCUCCCGGGUCGAAGCGUCGAAGCUGAGCAGUCACUUCUCGUCAGAGUCAGAGCGCGGUGCGGUGCAGUCGAAUAUGGGUCUGUUGUUUCUUUGACACUGGUUUGGCAGUCUUUCUCCUCACCUCACCACUUAUUUGCGGUCGCCAUCGUUGACCGUUGACCGGCUCGGGACGGGCUCAGUGCACACAGACUCCCGCCCGUUUGGCUGGUCGGUGGAGGCAGGUUAAAGAUGACGACCAAACCAUCUCAUGUUUCGAACGGAGCGGCCACUGCCAUGGACGAACGAGGGCAGAUGACGCUCCUGUUGCUGCCCGACGUGCCGCUGCUGCGGGUGCUCUCCCUCCUGUCCAUCAAGGACCUGGGCUCCGCCGGGCUGGCGGCCGCGCGGCUGGGCGCGCUGACCAGGGCCCACAGUCAGCUUUGGCGAGGGGAGGACCUGUUCGAGAGCGUCGAGGAUGUCCUGGCACUGCUGCCGGUCGCGCCACCGGUCGACGCCUUGGAGUUCUCGGAAGUGUGGUGGACGUUGUGUGACGUCAGCCGUGUACUCAUCGAAGGCGUCGGCGGACUCAAACUGAAGGUGGAGGUUGGUCGCGGUUGGGGAGACAAUCGCAUCGAAUUGUGGACAAGAAGCCUUAUCGUCGACCUUGUGCGGCAGCUGAGACACCUCCAGGUGGUAGACAUUCAGCUGGGAUGGCUCUUUGGCAUCCUUCAGGACGCCACCUGCCUGGAGACCCUUAGUGUCCAGGACUGGUGGAUAGGGAGCCAGUUCAUCGCGGCGUACAUCGACAGCGUGUGCUGGCCCCAGUCCGUAGUGCUGCCCAGGCUGCACUCUCUGUGCGUGAUGGAGGUCGACCGGCUCAACCGAGACUACAAGCUGGACGUGCAAUACAGCCUCUGGGCGUUUGACUCGCUACUGCGAGCACACGGCGGGCAGAUACGCUGCCUCGCGCUGCUGGGCUCCAGAGAGCUCGUGUCCCUCGUGGACUCCUGCACCAGCAACGUCGUCCGCAUGGACCUGGUGGCCGACCUCGACAUGAUCUCCAAGCUGCGGCGGAUCUGGGGCCUGAAGGAGCUGGCGAUCGAAACCGGCGCGCCCGCCCCGUACGCUCGACAAGGGACGAAUGAGGAGGUGGAGAACGUGCUGAGGUCGCUGCCGGGCCCGCUCCGGCGCCUGGAGCUCGCGGGCUGGCGCGACAAGACGCUGGAGGCCCUGGCGGCUGGCAAGCUGACCGACGUCCAGGACCUCGUGCUGCUGAGCAGCGUGCACGCGGGUCACCUGUCGUGCCUCGGGUCGUGUCUGGCGCGCCUGCCGCGGCUGCGCUCGCUCGCCGUCUUCGACAAGCUGCCCGCAGUCGAGGUGCUCCGCGGCCUGACCCCCGCCACCAUCCCCACCCUCGAGCUCCUCGUCGUCGCCGAGUACCAGCCGAAGCGUGACUCCGACGAGGGUCGGUCCGGAGCAGCGACCUGGGGCUCCGAGGAGGUGACGCAGCUGGUCGCGGUGCUGCAGGACCUGGUGCGCCGUGCCCCUACCAGCCUGCACGUGGUGCUCCGACUGGAGCUGUGCGACUGCGAGGGCGAGGAACCUGGAUCGGAGGCGCUCAGAGGCCGCCUGUUUUUCAGGCACCCCGAGGGCGAGACAGACUGCCCGCUGUGCGCCGAUGCUGCCGAGGCCGCCGGCCUUCGCACUUUCUACUCCACGAGAUUUCCUCUGACUUACGUUGAACGCGUUCAGGUGCUUUAGUCGCGUGUCCAACUGUCCAUCAAUUUUCAGAUCGUUCCUCGUAGACCUGAAGAAUGGUUGGGGGGAUAAGAGUCUCGUUAUCGUAAACUAUUUUUUUUCCCGACUAUUAUUGCGUGUAGUUUUUAUUUUAAGAUCAAUAAAGGUUUUUCUUUCAACCGUU